AUGGCGGGCGCGGGGAGAGACGACGAUGACGGCGGCGAGGAUUUGAGCGCGAUCGUCGAGGCGGAAGAGGACGCGGUCGAUCGGAGCGUGCAUCCGAGCGGGAUCGUGCCGGUUUUACAGAACAUCGUGGCGACGGUGAACUUGGAUUGCAAGCUCGACCUGAAGACGAUCGCGUUUCACGCGAGAAACGUGGAGUACAACCCAAAGCGUUUCGCGGCGGCGAUCAUGCGGAUCCGGAACCCGAAGACCACGGCGUUGAUCUUCAGUUCAGGUAAGAUGGUGUGCACGGGUGCCAAGACGGAGGCGCUCGCGCGCGAGGCGGCGAGGAAGUACGCCAAGGUCAUCAUCAAGCUGGGUUUUCCCGCGCAAUUCAAGGAUUUUAAAAUUCAAAACAUGGUGGGGUCGUGCGACGUGCAGUUCCCGAUUCGAUUGGAGGGUCUGGCGUGGCAACACGGGCACUUCGCCCAGUAUGAGCCCGAGCUCUUUCCCGGUUUGAUUUACCGCAUGCAAAUGCCGAAGAUUGUGCUCUUGAUCUUCGUCUCCGGGAAGAUCGUCCUGACUGGCGGCAAGCGCCGAGAAGAUAUAUACCAGGCGUUCGAGAAUAUAUACCCAGUGCUCACGGAGUUCAAAAAGUUGGCGCAACCGGAGGAGGGCGCAACCGCGGCGCUUCCGGCGGCAAAGUGA